UUCUCUGACAUAUGAUAUUACAAAUAUUUGGGCAGUGAAAUGGUUAAUGAAGGCAGUUAUUUGGUGAACUGCAGCUCAGCAUUCUGCAGAUAAUUUCACAUUACUCAUUUAUUCAGUACGUAACAAUCAAUUAUAUUGUUUGGUAUCUCUGCUGCUGAUUAUUCAAACUGAUUACUCUGUUGCUGAUUACUCAACAGGUGAUUAAAAACAUUUCAGUUGCUCUUUACGUUUGUGAUUGGCUCUAUACACACCAGCCCAAGCACCUUAUGUUGCAUCAGCAGUCAAUAAAAAAUGUGAACCCUGAUCAUGCAGGUGAUUGUCAUUCCACUUGAGCUUCAGCAAGAUGAAGACCAAAAUCACUAAGAAGAUAAUUUUGAAGUUUUCUGGAAUAUUGCUGCUAAUCCUUGUACUUUCAGUUUUAAUUUUAUUUGCAGUUGUGAUUGGUAAGACAUACACAUUUAAAGUCAACACAGAACUGGGACAAUGGGAAAAUACAACAACUAUUUAUCCCAGUUUAAGUCCAGAACAGAAAAAGCAGCUGCUUGAAAAUUUUAAAGUGGCAGUUCAGAUUCCCACAGUGUCGUUUUCAGAGUCAGAACAGAACAUAAGUGCCCUACAAGAGUUUAACCUGCUACUAGAGAGGGUCUUUCCAAAGAUCUUCUCAUCCAGCUUGGUCCAACAUGAGAUGGUGGGAACCUACAGCCACCUGUUCACCAUACCAGGAAGCGAGCCUGAUCUGGAGCCGUACAUGCUGCUGGCACACAUGGAUGUAGUGCCGGCCGAUGAGGCGGAUGGAUGGGACGCUCCUCCUUUCUCUGCUAAAGAGAUCGAUGGUUUUGUUUAUGGACGAGGAACCAUUGACAAUAAACAGUCUGUGAUGGGUAUCCUUCAAGCAUUGGAAUACCUGCUGGAACGAGACUACACCCCUCGGAGAACCUUCUACAUUGGUUUGGGUCACGACGAGGAGAUCCAUGGUGCAGAAGGUGCUAUGAAUAUCGUGAAGCUUCUGAAGAGUCGUGGGGUGAAUCUUCUGUAUGUUUUAGAUGAAGGACUCACGGUUGUGGAUGGUGUGGUAGAUGGCCUGACAGUACCUGCUGCCCUAAUUGGUGUAACUGAGAAAGGUCAGGUCACAGUAAAGCUGAGUGUCAGCACUCCUCCAGGACAUUCAUCCAUGCCGCCCAAAGAAAGCACCAUUGGCAUCUUGGCUUCAGCUGUUGCAAGGUUGGAGAAGAACCGGAUGCCCAAUCUUUUUGGUCAGGGUCCAGAGCGUGCAACUUUUGAACAUCUGGCACAUAAGUUUAGCUGGCCAUACAGAAUGGUCAUGUCCAAUCUGUGGCUCUUCUCUUCGCUGCUCAGCAGUGUUUUGGAAGGACAGCCUGAUACAAAUGCAUUUGUGAGGACAACAACUGCUGUCACAAUGUUUAACUCGGGAGUUAAGAUUAACGUAAUGCCAGCAUAUGCCGAGGCCUUUGCCAAUUUCCGCAUUCACUCGUCCCAGACACUGCAAGAGGUUCUAAAGCUGAUUGAAUCCACCAUAUCUGAUGAGCGUGUGAAGGUGGAGUUUGUCGAUGGAUUCGACCCGCUGCCCGUCAGCUCGUAUGAGGAAGAUACAUUUGGGUACCAGAUCAUAAAGAAAACAGUGCAUGACAUUUUUCCUCAGGUCACUGUAUCUCCUGGUGUCUGCAUUGGCAACACUGACAGCCGUCAUUACACAGAACUGUCUUCGGAUAUUUAUCGCUUUGCCCCUUCAUGGUACAAACCCGGUGAUUCUGACAGAUUCCAUGGUGUGAAUGAGAGAAUUGCCAUCCAGAACUACGAAGAGAUUGUGCUGUUCUACUUUCAGCUCAUGCAGAACAGUGACAUCAGAAAUGUGCCGGCACCUUGAACCUAAAAUAAACGGAUGUCAUGCUGUGGAAUUCUGUGGUAGUAAUAAGCUUUGUUCUGAUGUGACUAAAUGAACUUCAAUUCAAAGUUUGGAGGAUAUAAGAUUAUUGAUCAAAAGUGACAGUAAAGAUAUUUAUAAUGGUACCGUUUCAUGGUUUUCAUAAACAUUUUAAGCAGCACAUCUGAUUUCAACAUUAUUAUAAAGGAAUGUUUCCCAAACUAAAUUACUGUAUAUAUUUCCUUAAGUUCCUUUUUGAAUGAUGGUGUAAAAUUAAAUGGAUAAUAAAAAAAAAUCUUGAUUAUUAAUUAUUUAAUUAUCCUUAGAUUGUUUUCCUUGGGUGAGUAAAUAUUUUACUACAGUAUAUUAAAACACAAAUCACAAGAUUACUCAUGCCAUACCAAUAAGAAAAUAACAGAUAAGAUAGGAGAUAAGUAAUAUUUCAUGCCUUUCAUAUUUGUCUUCAUGCAAAACCAGUGAUUGCAAUUAUUUUUCAAGCUGUUUUAGCUUUAAAAGUUCAAAAAGGUAAUAUAUGCAUUUUCUGGUUGUGCAAAAUACUUCUUUCAAUAUUUCAGUUAUUGCAUACGCUAAAAAAAACAAUUUGAGUCA